AUGGCGAGUACUGGUACUAUGCAGGCAGUUGUUUUCAAGGAGCCGUUCAAGGUGGCGGUUGAGCAGCGUCCUAUCCCCACUGUGCAGGAUCCUGAGGAUAUCGUUGUCAAGGUGGGAUACACGGCACUUUGUGGAAGUGACUUGCACGUCUAUCGUGGUAUUGAGCCUAGUCCCGCCGGACCUAUUAUGGGCCAUGAGUUCAUGGGUGAAAUUGUUGAGGUUGGUUCUGCUGUGACGACUCUGCAGAAGGGCGACCGUGUGGUCAGCGCCUUUACUACUUCCUGUGGCAAGUGCUUCUACUGCAAGCAAGGGUUCUCGUCACGCUGCGAGAAGAACACUCUCUUCGGAUGCGAGCGUCUGGACGGUGGCCAGGCUCAAUAUGUCCGUGUCCCCAAUGCCGAGGGCACCGUUAUGAAAGCCCCCGAGGGCGUUGAGGACAAGUACCUCGUCCUAAUGGGUGAUAUCUUCCCUACAGGAUACUUUGCUGCCUACAAUGCUUUCAAGAACUCCACCCCAGAGCAAAUCGCUGAGCAGACCGUCGUCCUGAUCGGUUGUGGCCCCGUCGGUCUCUGUGCGCUGAUCAAUGCGCUGGAGUACAAGCCCAAGCAUCUUCUGGCUGUCGACUCUGUUCCCUCGAGACUGGAGCUGGCCAAGUCUCUUGGUGCCGAGCCAUGGAACUUUAUGACUGACCGUGCUGGUCUGGACAAGCGUGUUCUGGAGCUGACUGAGGGCCGGGGCGCUGAUGCCGUGAUUGAGGUUGUGGGAUUGAGUCCUGCGCUGCGCACAGGCUAUGAGUUGCUGCGGCCGUGGGGAACUAUUAGCAGUGUUGGAGUGCACAAUGCUGAGAUCCCUUGGGAUGGCAACGAUGCCUACAACAAGAACCUCACCGUCCAGAUGGGCCGUUGCCCUGUCCGGUCGGUUUCUGACAAGGCCCUGGAGGUCCUGAAGAAGAACCAGCACAAGCUUGGAUUCAUGACCGAGAAGAUUAUGCCUCUCUCCCAGGCGGUCGAGGCUUAUGAAUUGUUCAAUGCCAUGAAGGUGCAAAAGGUAGUAUUUGUGGCGGAUCAGUAG